AUUUUGGCCUUGAGAUUUUUCAAGGCUACGCAUCGGUGGGCUAUACGAAUUUUCUGCAAUUAUAGUUAGUGCAAAAUGUAUGGAAAUGAAGGGAUGGAAAGGCUUAUCCCUCUUGUUAAUAAGCUUCAAGAUGCCUUUGCUUCCCUAAAUCUUCCGCUGAACCUUGAUUUACCUCAGAUUGCGGUUGUAGGAAGCCAAAGCGCUGGUAAAAGCUCAGUGCUGGAAAACUUUGUGGGGCGUGAUUUCUUACCGAGAGGUAGUGGUAUCGUUACAAGGAGACCGCUUAUUCUUCAGCUGGUACAUGAUAAUUCUGUUGAAUACGGCGAAUUUAUUCACUGUAAAAAUAAAAAGUUCACAGAUUUCGAUGAUAUCCGACGGGAAAUUGAACAGGAAACGGACAGAAUCACGGGCUCUAAUAAGGGUAUCUCAAACAUUCCAAUCAACCUCAGGAUUCAUUCCCCCAGCGUCCUUAAUCUUACGCUCAUUGACCUUCCUGGAAUGACCAAGGUUCCUGUUGGCGAUCAGCCACCGGAUAUCGAGACUCAAAUCCGCAACAUGAUCAUUGAAUUUAUAGAGAGAGAUUCCUGUCUUAUUUUGGCUGUUAGCCCUGCUAAUUCGGACCUCGCUAAUUCCGAUGCCUUAAAACUUGCUAAGGAAUAUGACCCACAGGGUCUGCGUACUAUCGGGGUAUUAACAAAGUUAGAUUUGAUGGAUGAAGGAACGGAUGCACAGGAAAUUCUUGAAAAUAAAUUGCUCCCAUUAAGAAGAGGUUAUAUAGGCGUUGUCAACAGAAGCCAGCGAGAUAUAGAUGGACGCAAAGAUAUCACUGCUGCUUUGGAAGCCGAACGUAGAUUUUUCCUUUCACAUCCCAGUUAUCGUCAUAUGGCUGAUCGUAUGGGAACUCCUUAUCUCCAACGUAUACUUAAUCAACAACUAACGAAUCAUAUCCGUGAUACUCUGCCGCAUCUACGUAAUCGGUUACAAACCCAACUAAUUAGUUUGGAAAAAGAAGUUUCUGACUUUCGUAAUUAUCGUCCAGAUGAUCCAGCUUACAAAACAAAAGCAUUGCUACAGAUGGUUCAGUCAUUUGAAGCGGAAUUUUCCCAAAAUAUUAGUGGGCAUGUAGCCGACGUUAAUACACAAAUACUGUCUGGAGGCGCUGAGAUUAAUCGCGUGUUUCAUGAACGUUUUAGAUAUGAUUUACUCAAGAUUGAAUUUGAUGAAAAAACUCUGCGUAAAGAAAUUGCUGUUGCUAUUCAAAAUAUUCAUGGUGUCAGGCCUGGAUUGUUUACACCUGAUAUGGCAUUUGAUGCUACAGUACGAAAACAGAUUGAAAAACUUCGAAUUCCAUCAUUAAAAUGCGUUGACAUGGUUGUAUCUAAAUUGACCGAUGUUUUGCAACAGUGUAGUGAUAAGGUAGGACGAUUUCCACGGCUUCGUGAAGAAAUUGAACGUGUUGUCAAUAUGCGGGUUCGUGAAUUAGAGAUAGCUACUAAACAACAAAUUCAAACAUUAAUUGAUUUUCAAUUAGCUUAUAUGAAUACAAAUCAUGAAGAUUUUAUCGGUUUUCAAAAUGCUGAACAACGAGCAAAUGAUAGUUCCAAAAGUAAACUUGGCAAUCAAGUAAUCUGUAAAGGGUGGCUUAAUUUGAUCAAUCCAAGUCUAUUACGUGGUGGUAGUCGUUACUGUUGGUUUGUAUUAACUACGGAUACAUUGACUUGGUACAAAGAUGAUGAAGAACGUGAGAGACGAUUUGUUCUUCCUUUAGAUGGAUUAAAACAACGUAGCGGUGAUACAGGAUUCUUUUCAAAACGACCAACCUUUGUUCUUCAUCAUCCAGAUCCUAAAGUUAAUUUAUACAAAGAUCACAAAACUUUAGAUUUAUCUGCAGAUACAGAAGAAGCGGUGGAGGCUUGGAAAGCUGCUUUAGUUCGUGCUGGAGUGUUUCAUGAUCCAUCUGGAAAACCAGAUGAACAGACUGAUGAUGGUGAUUCGAAUAAAAUAGCAACUGAUCCUAAACUUGAAAGACAAGUAGAAAUUAUACGUAAUUUAGUUGACUCCUAUAUGAAAAUCGUUACUAAAACACAACGUGACAUGGUUCCGAAAAUAGUUAUGCAUCAGUUAAUUAAUGAGAUCAAGACUUUUCUGAAAGGCGAUCUCUUGCCCAAAUUAUAUUCACAAGACCCCAACAAUCUUAUGGAAGAGUCAUCCGCUGAGAAAAAGCAUCGUGAAGAAAUUAUACGUAUGUAUGAUUCAAUACGUGAGGCGUUAUCUGUUAUAUCAGAUGUCAUAGCUAAUACACAUAGUGUCCCAUUACCUCCACCUGUCAGUGAUGACUGGAUUGAGACAGAGUCAUCUACUGGAUCAAGUAACACUCGUCGACCUCUUCCUUCUAGUAAUGCAUCUCAUUCCGGUCAUUACAGUACUAGUACAACGCAAAGACCUUUAAGUCCUAAUAAUAUCACAUCAAAUUCCAAUCGUCCCAUACCUUCAAGACCAGCACCAAAUUUACCUAUACGUCAUACUUUGAAUCCCCCAACAAUUGUAACUACAGCCCCUGGUCAACUUCCUGCUCCACUUCUUCCUCAACGAAUGCCACAAUUCAAUAAUGGUCUUUCUCAAAGUGCAAGUACUGGUAACCUCCCAGGUACUAUAUCUUCCGGUGGUAUUGGUGGAAAUACAUUUAUGACGACUAACCCAUCGAAUGGUUCAACACUAAAUACUACUUAUUCUACUACUAAUGCACCAUGGGUUUCAUUUGAUCCUCUUUUUAAUCAAUCCCAAUCAAGUGCAAUAGCACCACCGAUUCCACCACCGAAAUUAACAUCUUUAUCUGGUAAUCUUGGUCAUCCAAGUAUACCAGAGUGAGUUUCAGUGUAUUGUGUUGAUAUUUGACUUCCAGUUUAUGUUUUGAUUGUUAUUUUUUAUUAAUAAUAAUGCUGUAUAACUUUCAUUUAUUUUAGCUUAAUAACUGAUAUAAAGCAGUUUUUGUUAAUUUCGUUUGAUUUCGAAAAUUAAAUAUAGUUCAGUCACAAUAACAUAAAUACAGUAAUAUUUAAUGUCACAUGUGGCUCCAUGCUAACAACAUUUAUAUAAGCUGACGUCACUUAAAAUGCUACAAAACGUAACAUACGUUGGAGAUUUGUUAUAACAUUGUACGUAGUCAGUACAUUGAAUCAUUUUAAGGGUCGAACCAGUAGUCUUUAGGUCAUUUUCUAGACCAGUAGCGUGUUCAUACUUAAUGUUGCUAACAUGGUUCAGUUUGAUACUUAAAAUAGAUUUAUCAUGGGACUGGCUGUUUAUAAUAAAAAUAAUAAAAGGAACAAUGAGUUUCCCCUUACUAAAUUUUUAUUGACAUUAUACUAACUGUUCAUUAAAUUCUGCUUAAAAUUAACUGAGCCUAUGAAAUAAGUUAUUUUUUCCCGAAAUUUACGAUUUACAUUUCUUGCAUUCAUGUCAAUCCUUCAGUUCAAGAGCUUACACUGUCUGUGGUAAUAUAUAUAUUCAUCAUGUCUAGAUAUGUAUGCUCACGAAGUUAUCUAAGUGGUCAGAUUGUGAACUUGAAAAUUAUUUGUUAAAUACCUACUACAUAAAUGAUCUUUUAUUUGAAAUUUAACCUAAUAUUUUCAAUGUUAUCACUUGAUGGUGUUCCAUAUAAAGUGUAUUAGAUGUUUUUCGAAUAACUCUAUGUCUAACCCUGUACAUGAAUAGAACUUUGUUGAUAUGGUUCUUCAAAGUAUAGAUGUCAAAUCGUUUAACUUAAUCGUUCUCAUCUCAUUGAUUAUAGUCAUUGAUUAUAAUCGAUCUAUACAGUUCUCUAUUCAUUCACAAAUACGUUAUCCACCUAAGAAAUUAUUUUCAUGUUCAACUAUGUUCGUCUUUUCUUAAUUUGAUUCUGAUAAGUUCGUUUGGUUUCGAACUAUUUAUACUGUCACUAAUCUAUCUAUUCAUUGGAUACAAAUCUGAUGCAUUAUAUAUAUUAAAGUAUAAGUUGGUUAUAAAUGUAUUGUACGCAAUUUGUUUUACUUCUAUUCAAAGUUUUUCCUGUAUUUUUUCCUACUUACAUUUUUAUUGAAUCUAGACGUCCAGGUAAUAUUGGUAUGCCACGCAUUCCUCCUCGACCAACUUCAUGAAACAGUGUGUUGUUUAUUUAUUUAUUCUAAUUUAUGCAUAUAGUUUACGGAUUUAUACAUACAAAUUUCAAAAUGAUUUCCUCUGGAUUAUUUUUUCCCCUCAUUUUCAUAAACCAAUUUUUCAAAUGAUAUUAUAUGUACUUUACUGUUUUCUACCCAGGCGUUUGUAUGGUGAUGUGUAUCAUGUUUUCACUGUUUAACAAGUAAAUGAAAAUUUCAUUCAUUUCCUGGUUUAUUUAUUUUAUCAUUGUUGAUUCCUAUUGUUGUUACAAUGCACUUUUAUCAUAGAGCCAAAAAUAUCCAACACAAAGGUAUUCGUUGGUCGAUCUCUCUUUCUGCACGUAUUUCGCUCAUUCUCUCUUUUAUAUUCACUUCAAUGAAAAGUCAUACAUUUAGGUGUCUCUUAACGCUCAAAAUAUUAUUCAUACAAUUACAUAUGUAUCUGAUAUCUCUUCAGUUGCCUGUAUAUCAUCUUUAUUUUUUUCAAAGAUCUCACGGGUUCUGUCACUUUCUUCCAGUACAUAAUUUCAUUUUUGUGUAUGUGUGUGUUGUUUGCUUGCAUAAUUUCUAUUUUAAUAUUUAUUUCCGUUUUUUAUUUCGUACGUUAAUGGUUUCGCUCAGUUUUAUAUACUACUACUUACGCCUGCUACCCUUCAUGGAGGAGCAUAAGCUGCCCACCAGCAUUCUCCAUAGUACCACUAUAUAUUCCGUAUAUUCGUCCGACAUAUAUAUGUAUCCUUAGUAUCGGUUAGUUUUCUGGGUGGUCAAUUGAUUGGAUUUUCUCCGUCAUUUUCGAUGAAAUAGAUAUUCUCCGAGAUUUUUAUUCAUUCUUCAACAGUAAAUUCCUGGUUCUUUGGUCACGAUUAAUGUAUUAAAUGCAGUGAGAUUUCUCCCUACCUACUGUUCAUUCCGACCAACCUUUCGUUUAAAGAGAAUAAUAAAACACUUGAUAUUGCUGUCGUCUUUACUUACUUCUUUGAUAACGUUUGUUUAAUCAAAAUUAGACAAAAUGGUAAAGUUAGUAGUAUUUUGCCAGUCAGAUUCUAUAUCAACUUGAUUGACUUUUUUCGUGUCAAUUCACUUCAGUUAAUUCAGUUUGUUCUAAUUAUAGAUGCUUCUAGUUUAUUUCAAUGACUUUUUUAAUGGUCACCUAACUAUUGAAGUGAAGUUUUCUUUGAAAAACUUAAUUUUUUUUAUGCAAUUGAAAUAGCCUUUUAUUCUUUGACCAAAAUCAUUUAAUGGCUUCUUAUACGUCAAUGUGUGAAUACUUCGUCGUCUACGUCUCUCUUCCUCUCUCUGAAAAAUAAUUAUUGUCUAAUUAUUUUAUCAAAUAUUUUACUUCUCUUUCUAAUGAAUUAAGUUUUAUUCGUUCAUUUGAACAGUUUGAAUUUUUAUUUAAGAAUAUAAAUAUCCUUACUGCUUUUCUAUAAAAGAUUAAAUCUAUAUUGUUUAUAUAUGAUGAAUUAAAAUGCAAAAUCAGUUUCUUU